GUUAACCUCCCGUCACCUUUUCUUGGCGCCUCAGCACCAAACCGACAACCGCCUGCUGAGACUGCACUCUUGUCCCGGCCCACCAGCAAUUGAUGAAACCCCGAGCCCGACGACUUCGUUCAUUGCGACGUGUCUGCAGCCAGCGCCGGACGCUGUUGACACGUCGGCGCGCCGGCUCUUCCUCCAGAUUCCUGGCAACCCGCCCUCGCGCGCCGCCUUCGACUCCUCGUCGCCCUGCGCCAGCACCUGCAGCAGCGCCACCGACCUCUCCAUGCGAUCCGCCUCACCCCAUGGCACCGACGUGUCAACGGCCGCCACCUCCUUGUCCGGCACAGAGUCGCCCAUGACUUUAUAUACAGGCUCGCCGAGGCAGAAUGGAGCAGCCCAUCUCCCGGUCGACUCGCCCCGCCGCGCCCCGCUUCCUCUCGCCCUCGACGUCGACGCCGCUUUUGCCUUUCCGCCGCACGCGCUUGCCGACAUGAUCGCCUCCAAGAGUCUGGCCGAACUCCAGGCACUAGGAGGGAUGCAGGGCAUUACACGGGGCCUGCGGACGGAUGCGAAGGCCGGCUUAAGCCUCGACGAGACUUGGACCGGGGGUGAAACACACGAGUGGGAGCACCAGGAGGACCUGUUGGGCGGCUCCUCGUUGCUGGCGAAAAGACGGGCCGUCUUCGGGACGAACCGUUUGCCAGACAAGCCGAUCAAGGGCAUCUUCCAGCUCAUGCUGCUUGCUCUGAACGACAAGGUCUUGAUACUCCUCUCGGUUGUUGCAACCAUCUCGCUCGGCCUCGGCCUCUACCAGGCCUUCUGGGUGUUCCACGGCCCCGGCCAGCCUCGCGUGGAAUGGGUUGACGGCGUCACCAUUAUGACUGCCGUUGUCAUUGUUGUUGUCGCUGGCGCAUUGAACGACUACCAGAAGGAACAGCAGUUUGCGCGGCUGGCUAAAAAGAAAGAUGAUCGAAUGGUCAAGGUCAUCCGCUCGGGAAAAUCCAUUGAGCUUUCUGUCUAUGACAUUCUAGCAGGGGACAUUGUCCACCUCGAGCCUGGAGAUCUCGUCCCCGCCGACGGCCUUCUCGUAUCCAGCCACAACAUCCGAUGCGACGAGUCGUCCGUAACGGGAGAAACCGACCAGAUAGCCAAAGUUGGCGGCCACGAGGCGCUGGAAAGACUACAUACCGGCCGAGGCUUGCGAGAUGCCGACCCAUUCAUCAUCUCGGGGGGCAAGGUCUUGGAGGGGCUCGGCACCUAUAUCGUCACUGGCGUGGGCGUGAACAGUGUUUAUGGGCGACUCAGGAUGGGCCUGGAAGAACCAUCCGAGGCUACGCCACUGCAGCAAAAGCUCAGCGCUGUUGCCGAUAGGAUUGCCACGACCGGAGUUGCAGCGGCCGUCCUGCUUUUCAUUGCCCUGGCUGCCAAAUUCUUCAUCCAGUUGCCCAGCAGAUCCGACUCGGACUUUGAGAAGGCUCAAAGCUUGCUUAGAAUUUUCAUCGUGUCCAUCACAGUCGUUGUUAUUGCCGUCCCUGAAGGAUUGCCGCUCGCUGUUACUCUGGCGCUCGCAAUUGCCGUGACAAGAAUGCUCAAGGACAAUAAUCUAGUGAGGGUCCUGUCUGCGUGCGAGACAAUGGGAAAUGCCACAACCGUCUGCUCCGACAAGACAGGAACCCUCACCAUGAAUAAGAUGAAAGUUACAGCUGGCAUGGUUGGAGCCGACGGCCAGUUUGCGAAUCACCGCACCCGAUUCUCGAAUUUCGCCUUAGCAAUCAGGGCACCGGCACUUGGAUUCGGUUCUGCAGUCGCUGAUGCCGACUCCACGACUUCCGGUUCGAGUACUGAGCAAGGCAGCAGCUCUGCAUCUACCUCCACCGGCCUGUUCGUCGCCUCAAUUGCUGCAGAAGUUCGGGCGCAGCUGGUUCAAUCAAUUGCGAUCAAUUCGACAGCGUUUCAGGGCGAAUGCGACGGCAGGCCAACCUAUAUCGGCUCAAAGACAGAGGCUGCACUUCUGACCUUUGCCGCCGAACGGCUUGGCAUGGGCUCACUUCACGAAGUGCGAGCCAACGCCGAGGUUGUGGAAAUCUUUCCUUUCGACUCGGGCCGGAAGUGCAUGGCCACGGUGACACGGCUCGGCGGCAACGCGUACCGAAUGUACGUAAAGGGUGCGCCCGAGAUUUUGCUUGACCAGUGUGACCGUAUCAUCGCCGAUUCGGCACGCUCUAUGGAAGAGAUCCAAUUGACCCACGAGCGUUGCGAGAAAGUGGUCGAAACCGUAGAUAGAUUUGCGUCUGAAUCGCUCCGCACCCUCGGCCUCGCCUUUCGGGAUUUCCCCUCCUGGCCACCACCAGCCACCGAGCCUGACAUGGGUACUGGCCGUGUGUCGUUGUUUGAUAGCGUGUUUCAGGGCCUCACCUUCUUCGCGGUCAUGGGCAUCCAGGACCCGCUGAGAGCGGGCGUCGAAGAGGCCGUGGCGCUUUGCCAGCACGCGGGAGUGUUUGUGAGAAUGGUUACUGGCGACAACGUCAAAACGGCAACAGCGAUCGCAGCUGCAAGUGGGAUUCUGACCAAAGACGGCGUCGUCAUGGAAGGUCCCGAGUUCAGGAGAAUGUCGGAAGGACAGAUGUUUGCGAUUCUCCCCAGGCUGCAGGUUUUGGCACGAUCCAGCCCGGACGAUAAAAAGCUGCUGGUCAGGAGGCUGAAGAAGCUCGGCGAGACUGUGGCUGUGACAGGUGACGGAACCAACGACGGGCCUGCUUUGAGGGCUGCUGACGUGGGCUUCUCCAUGGGCAUUUCCGGCACUGAAGUCGCAAAGGAAGCCUCGUCGAUUGUGUUGAUGGACGACAAUUUCUCGUCGAUUGUCAAAGCAAUUGAGUGGGGGCGGACAGUCAACGAUGUGAUAAAGAAGUUCCUGCAGUUCCAACUCACCGUCAACAUCACCGCAGUCACUCUCACCUUCGUGUCAGCGAUUGCGGGCGAUACUGAGGAAGCAAUACUCACCCCGGUUCAACUUCUCUGGGUCAAUCUGAUCAUGGACACUUUUGCCGCCCUGGCGUUGGCAACAGACCCCGCAAACCCGAGUGUUCUCAACCGCAAGCCCGAGAGGAGAGACGCGCCACUCAUCUCGCUUACCAGCUGGAAGAUGAUUGUCGGACAGGCUGUCUACCAGCUCGCCGUGACAUUGGUGCUGAACUUUGCUGGAAAUGACCUGCUCGGCUACGACACACCAGGGAAGCAAGAGGCCCUCAACACGCUCAUAUUCAACACGUUUGUGUGGAUGCAGUUUUUCAACCUAUACAAUAACCGGCGACUUGACAACAAUCUCAACAUAGUCGAGGGUAUCUUUCAAAAUCCUUUCUUCAUCGCCAUCAAUGUUGCCAUUGUCGCUGGCCAAGUCUUGAUUGUUUGUUACGGUGGAGAGGCCCUGUCGGUGGCGCCACUGACGUCGAAGCAAUGGGGAAUUUCUCUUCUUCUGGGCUUUCUUUCCAUCCCGGUUGGGAUGGCCAUACGGUUCAUCCCAGAUAGCCUCGUUCGCAGGGUCCUUGGAUGGAGAAGGCAGAGGACAGAGCGGACGAGACUCCAAGUUUCUCUGCCACCCGUGGAACACUGUUCCGACACACACGACCCCAUGUCAUGGAGCCGGGCCAUUGAGAAUGUACGGUGCAAGCUCAUGCUUCUGAGGCAGCCCCGAAGCUCGCGGCUUGGUAGAAUCAGUCACAAGAUAUCGGCAUUUAUGUACGGCAAGACCCUGUCGGACGGGAGCGGCAGUACCCCUGACGAAAGGAGCCCCUUGCUCGCGGCCAAGAGCAGCACCGGCACGAGCGGGACGAGCAGCCUCAGACUCCAACAUCACAAGUCGGAUUCAAGCUUUGCGCCAGCCGCGGUCAUGGCGGGCAUGGUGGCGGGAAGCGUUGCGGGAUGGCCGCCCCCCAACGGCUAAGUUUACGGUUUUUAGUUGUUUUGAUGAAUAUUCCAAACGAGUCGGCAAAAAAAGGGAGUUGGAGAGCGGAAUUGUCCUUUGGGGAGAAUAAUUAACACGAGCGUUUGCAUUCUAAUUUUAAUUUGUAACUAGAACGUCAAGUACUUGCGAAGCGACUGUGUAAUGAUUACUCCUUGGUUUACCACAACUUUGCUCCUAUUCACACUAGGCUGUGAUAAGACUCUACAUAAAUUGGCCCAGAUGGGCAUUUGCAAGACGGUCAAUAGAAUUGUGUACCUAAUUAAGAUGGAUCUGGAGCAACCAUGG